GUGUUUUCCCGUCGCAUGGCCGACAAAACACGGAAGCUACUAAUGAGAUACAAAUGGUGAAGGUGAUUUUUUCAUCGUCAUGGCUGGACAAUAUUUGGAUAUUUCAGACGAAGUACUACAAAUGCAUAAUGAAAUUAGAGAGAAUGGGAAAUAUAACUACAUGAUAUGUAAGAUUAAUCGUGAACGGUUGGUUAUUGAACAUAUUGAACAACUCGACGACUUAGAAGGAAAUCAGCCUUACCAAGCCUUCCUGAGAACUUUAUCGGCCAAACAGGAAUUUAGAUACGGAUUUGUCGUCUACAACUUAAACAAAGACAAUAACCUCUUACGGAAAACUGUGGGAGUCAUGUGGUUACCAACAUUUCAGAUGAAGAAGAAAUUCAAACAAACCGCAUCAACUCUCAAAGACGUUCUUUCUGCGGAUUUAUUCCUGGAAGCCAUCACAGAACUAAGUCUUAGUAGCAUAUGCAUUGAAUCCGGUUUUAGAAAAUUCGGUGAAUGAGUAAAUGAUUAAUUUAGUUGUGUUCAAUCAAAUUGUUGAAUAGGUUUUUUCUCAGUUUCAUGAAUGAAGCUGUUGCGUGUAUUUCCUGUUAAAAAGUUAAGAUUGUGGAAAAUCUUAACUGCAAAAUUAAAGCCACCGUAAGACUCAAAUUGGAAUUUAAAAGACUUUUAUAAAAUUGUAUUUUUUUUGGAGAAAUGUUUAUUAAUAAAUCAUUAAUUAACUUAUGAAUCAUGACGACUACAUAAGGUCUUUUAAACAGCUGAAUAUAACUGUAUAAGAUAAUAUGUGUAAAACGUUCAUCAUAAUAGUA